CACAUAGACCUAACAAACGCAAUGCUCCCAGGAAUGCGACGAGAACUCGAAGGUCGUGUCUUGGAUCUACAUCGUGACGGCGGUGGCUAUCGUGGUCGUCGCCGCCGCCCUGUCCCUGUCGGUGUGGAGGUGCAGCUCGGCCAACAGGAUCAAGGACUCCCGCUUAGCGUACGAGCAACAGGAGAAACAAAAACGAGAUGACAUGCGCCGUAGGUCUUCGGGAGACAUCUCUAUGAUCGGGAUAGGCGGCUCCAUCUCCUCCAGGGGCUCCAUGGCCUCCAGGAGGUUCACGAUGCCCUUCCCCAAGCCAGGCAGGGCUGACGAAGACGACGAAGACGAAUUGUACGACAUGAGUAAUUACAAGGAAUACGACCCUGAUCUCGGUCGUGUUGAUCCUCAAGAAUUUGGACUUCAGAAAGACUUCUUGACAGAUUUACACGCCGUGACGUACUUCACAAACGAGGCUUUUGAAGGGGACGAGGAAACAGAGAAAACCAUUUUCCAGAGACAACAGGAACAGCCAGCUGAUCUCCCGGGCACAGACAGCGAAGAUUCAGACGGCGGGGCAGUUAGUUUUUCCAGUUUCAAAAGGAAGAAAUCCCCUUCCCACUUCACCCUCUCUGCUGACGUCCACGAUAUUGACGCCUCUGGGGAAACAGCUCUCUGAUUGCUUCAAUCAAGCCUCCUCAAUGAAUGCUUCUCUCUGGCGACUGCAAUCCGUGAUUCCUGCCGUUAGAUUGCCUGGUUUUUGCCGCCAUUUGCCUUUUUUUUAAACAAUCAUGCAUGUCUCAGUCUUCCUUCUGUCUUUUUAAACAGCCAUUUGUAGACAGUUCUCUUUUUUCUUGCCGCUAUGUACUUUUCCUGUAACGGCCUUUAUCAAUCUUAGAAAAAAAACAAAACAUAUGAGGCCAGUCCUCUGGUUCUUGCUGUCAUCUGCUAUUUUUAACAACUAUAUGUAACUCAUUCUUUUUGGUUCUUGCUGUCAGCCUCUGCUAACUUUUGGUUUGAUCCUCUUAUCAAUAACAUCUAUUCCUUUUUUCAUGUUUCUACUGUUUUUCAUCUGCCUUUCUUCUUUGUUUUCUUUUCUUUAUUCUUUUUCUUUUUUCUUCCCUUUCUUUUCUUCUUUUUAUAUUCCUCAUCCUUAUCUUUCUUCUUUCUAUCUAUCUCCCUCUGUCAUUCCUGCUAUUCCAUAUCUCAGCUUUAAUUGAUUCUUUGUUUCGAUUAAUUCUCAUUUGAUCUUGUGGACGAUUUGCUAAUGAUUAUUGAUUUCCAUUUUCAGUUGAAAUCUAUCUGUCUUUGUAGAUGUAAUUAUGAAUAUUGAUGUAAUAUUUUUUUUUUAAUCGACUUAACAUGUGAAACUGUUUGUAUUUCAUGUAUAUCAUUCCCUUUUUUAUGAGUGUUGUCUUAUGUAGUUAAAAUAUUAGCAAUAAAUAGGCUCUUCAUAUAUAAGCUUUAUAAUAAAUAUUGGCUUCAAA